UGUCCAAGUUUGAGCUGCAGCUUAGUGCUUUUGCUGGUAGGGAAAAAACAGUGUGAUCAGAGUCGAUUCGUGGCGAAAGUUUAUGGCGACUUCUUCAUGCAUACCGUUAUUCUAAAAACGACUUGAGCUGAUCGAGCGGGGAUGAUUUAUAUACGGUAAACUACAACAUGGAGUGGACAUCUGCGAGUUUGCCACCUUACACAACAGAACAAUUUUUGAGAAGCCUUGAAAGUGUUCUGGCACUGUUGUAGUUAGUUAUGCGAUUCACUUAACUGUUCUCCAAGAGAGGUGGCCCUAUUAUAUUAAAACGGAAGAAACUGUGUAAAACUGAAACAAGGCAAAGCUCUGGAUUUAACAUGAGGCCAAAGACAUUUCCUGCCACGUCUUAUGCUGGCAACAGCCGUCAAAGGUUGCAAGAGAUCCGAGAGGUCCUGAAACAGCCUCCUAAACCUUCAAGCCCAGUGAUCCCUGCUUCGCUGAAUAAUGAAAGUACAACUGACUCAAAAGUGGCCCCAUCCAAGGAUUCCUCCAGGCAACAGCAGAUACGCACUCCACCAAAAUUUGUACCAUAUCAGAAGGCUCUGCGAGAGAUUCGGAACUCAUUGAUGCCAUUUGCAAAUGAUACUGGUCCUUCCAACAUCGAAGUCAACAGACAGAUGCUUCAAGAGCUGGUCAAUGCGGGAUGUGACCAGGAAAUGGCAGUUAGAGCACUGAAGCAGACUGGCAGCAGGAAUAUUGAAGCGGCCUUAGACUACAUCAGUAAGAUGGGCUACCUAGAUCCACGGAAUGAGCAAAUUGUGAGAGUUAUCAAACAGACUUCACCAGGAAAAAGUGGUCUAAGAAAUGCUGUGGAUCGCAGGCCACCUAUGGAGACAUCGAGUGAUAAAAUUACAGCAUAUCACCAGAUGGGAGGUUCUGCGUUUGAAGGGGGUGGCUAUGGAGCAGAAAGUGGAAAUUUAAUGGGGGAAAUCCAACUAUCUUACAUGAAUGUCCCAGUAAUGAACUACAUUCUGCCUUCUUCACAAGCUCCAGCCAUGGGGAACCCAAUGCAGAGACCUCCCAGUAUUGGUCCUUAUGCAUCUCUGGGUGCUCAGAGCUCCCCAGUAAAUUCCAUGUAUGCAACUUGUGAUCUAAAACUUCAGCAGAAGCCAUAUCCACCCAACAUGGAACAGGCCAUGAUAAACUAUGCCAUUCCCAAUCACACUGGGCCACCUCUGCAGCUUCCAGGAGCACCGGGUCCAAGCAAUGCACAUUUUGUAAGACAACAUAUGAUUGUCUCAGCUGAGCCAUCAGGGUAUGGUGUGCAGAGAAGCCCAUCUUUUCAAAAUAAGGUCCAGCAAGAUAACAGUUAUUCAAAUAAAGGCACACUGGGUCAGAACAGCACAGGGUACUCCUACCAGCAACCAUCAUCUAAUCUAUAUCUUUCAUCCAGUUCUCACCCAAGACAAUCCAGUCCUACCUCUCACCAGGUGCAUAUGAUAGCUCGUGGCCCAGGGAUUGGCAGUGAUUUUUCAGAUAUCCCUCAGAACCUUCUGACUCCAUCCAGGACCAGCUUAAACAUGGACCUUUAUGACAUCACUAAUAACCAUCAAGUUCAGCAUUGGUCAGCAGCAACUUCUGCCAGGCAUGAGCCAUUGCCCAGUCCUGGAUCGGACAUUCCAUCAAGACAACAGCAACAGCAGCAACCAGGACCCUUCAGAGGAGAGGUUCGGGUUCCUAGCAGAACAAACUCGUUCAACAAUCAACAGCAGAAAGUUCAUGUAACUGUAAGGCAGAAUCUCCCUGGUGGAAAAACGGAUUCUUCUCAUGCUCCACCCAACACCAUCACUGCAGUAACAUCAGCACCUAUCUUGCAGCCUGUGAAGAGCAUUCGAGUGAUGAGGCCAGAGCCCCAAACUGCUGUAGGGCCCUGUCAUCCAGGGUGGCUGGCAAACCAGAAUCAAGUGGUGGAGAAUUCUGAACUUAUUGAGCAACAUUCUUAUGCUGGUGCCACAACUGAAACCUACACUAUGGAGCCUGUGGAGUACAUCACACCAGAACCUAGGUGUCCUCCUCCUCCAUAUCCAAAGAAUCUUCUGGCAUCAAGCAAUCUAGAACAAAUUGAGAAUAACUGUUUGAUGAGUGGUGUAGAACACAACACUCGCACUCUUCCUGGACAGGUGUGCAACACCACUGAAGAGGCAAAUCGGGCAGAAAAGGGUGACAAGUGCAGUAACAAAGCUGCCAAAGUGGAGAAGGCUGCUAAAGAUAAGAAACAGAUUCAGACAUCCCCUGUGCCAGUACGUAAGAACAUGAAGGAUGAAGAGAAGAGGGAAUCGCGAAUCAAGAGUUACUCUCCAUUUGCCUUCAAAUUCUACAUGGAGCAGCACAUUGAGAAUGUUAUGAAAACCUAUCAGCAAAAACUCAACCGAAGAAUGCAGCUUGAGCAAGAAAUGUCAAAGGCAGGGCUUUCGGAGGCUGAACAGGAACAGAUGAGGAAAAUGCUUUACCAAAAGGAAUCCAAUUACAACCGUCUGAAAAGAGCAAAAAUGGACAAGUCCAUGUUUGUGAAAAUUAAAACAUUGGGAAUUGGAGCUUUUGGAGAAGUUUGCCUCACUAGGAAGGUAGACACCAAUGCUUUGUACGCCAUGAAAACUUUACGAAAAAAGGACGUCUUGAACCGUAAUCAGGUUGCCCAUGUCAAGGCAGAGCGGGACAUCUUGGCAGAGGCUGACAAUGAAUGGGUUGUCAAGCUGUAUUACUCAUUCCAGGACAAGGACUGCCUCUACUUUGUAAUGGAUUACAUCCCUGGCGGUGACAUGAUGAGCCUACUCAUUCGCAUGGGAGUUUUCCCAGAGAACCUUGCUCGGUUCUACAUUGCUGAACUUACCUUGGCCAUUGAGAGUGUGCACAAGAUGGGCUUUAUCCACCGUGACAUCAAACCUGACAACAUUCUCAUAGACUUAGAUGGGCAUAUCAAGCUAACAGACUUUGGGCUAUGCACCGGAUUUCGUUGGACACAUAAUUCAAAGUACUAUCAAAAAGGAAGCCAUAUCAGACAAGAUAGUAUGGAGCCUGGUGACUUCUGGGAUGAUGUGUCCAACUGCCGCUGUGGAGACCGCUUAAUGACUUUAGAACAAAGAUCUACUAGAAUGCAUCAGCGAUGUUUAGCACAUUCCUUGGUGGGAACUCCCAACUAUAUUGCACCUGAAGUGCUUCUGCGGAAAGGCUACACCCAGCUCUGUGACUGGUGGAGUGUGGGCGUCAUCCUCUUUGAAAUGCUGGUGGGGCAGCCUCCAUUUUUAGCCCCAACUCCCACUGAAACACAGCUGAAGGUGAUUAACUGGGAAAAUACACUCCAAAUUCCACCCCAGGUAAAACUGAGCCAGGAAGCUGUUGAUAUCAUCAGUCGUCUGUGUUGCGCUGCUGAAGAGCGGCUUGGAGGCAAUGGUGCCAGUGAGAUUAAGGCUCAUGCUUUCUUUGAGAAGCUGGAUUUCUCUAGCAACCUUCGUACCCAACCAGCACCUUAUCUGCCCAAAAUCAGCCACCCAAUGGACACUUCUAAUUUUGACCCAGUGGAGGAGGAUACUCCAUGGAGUGAUAGUGGUGAUAGCACUAAGACUUGGGACACCCUGAGCUCCUCACACAACAAACACCCAGAGCAUGCCUUCUACGAGUUCACUUUUCGCCGUUUUUUUGAUGACAAUGGCUGCCCAUUCCGUUACCCAAAACCCCUUGACAGUUUGCAAAGUAAUCAGGAGCAGGAAAAUCUACCCAUCCAAGAUUUAGAUGAUCCAUCAAAAACAUGUGAACCAGUAUAUGUGUAAAGAAAAAGGAAGCCAGUUUUGUUUUGAGAAUCAGCUUGCAUUUGUUUUGGAAGAGUAUGCAGAUCCCACUGAUUCUUUCCAAAUAAUUAUAAGCUAUUGUUUAUUUUUUAAACUCAAAAUUUACAUCUAUAACAUUCAUGGCAUUUCAUCUCCAAGGAAACAUUUUCUUUUAAUUAUAAAAAGCAAUGAUAUUGAAAAGUGUAUCUAUAGAGGUUGCUAUGUGGAGAUAUCCAUGGACAUGGAUGUGAAUAGAACAAAAAAAUUGUUACUGCCACAUACAUGGAUCCAAGGUAUUUGUGAGUAUCGCUGUCAUUCCAAACAAGCUAAAGCAAAUAUGGCUCUUAGACAUGGUGUGUUACAGAAAGUGACACCAGCAAACUCCCACUGAAAAGUCUUAUGAUCCCACAUACCUUAUUCUUUGACCCCACUGGUAGGCCACCAUUUAUAUUGGUGCAAAAUGAAGUAGGUACUACAACAUCAUGCCCCACUCCCUAUGACGGAAAUCAAACCAUACUGACUGUUUAAAAAAAUACAAAUAAAUAAACCCUUGAUUGUCGAAUAAAUGUCAAGAGAGUAACCACUUGCACAAGCAAAGCUCAAGUGGUUUUUGGCAAACCAUGCUGCUGCUGCUGCUUUUUUUUAAUUAUUAUUAUUGUGUUCGCCAGAGCGGUGUUGUAACCGCAAGCACUUUUCAAAUAGCUGGAAAACCAGUAUCUGAAUGUGAAUCUCUAAUGGAGAGAAUCUGCAAAAGUGCUAAGAUGAGAAGCGAAGGUGAAAACAUGGACAAUGUGCAAUACAGAAAUUAUGUUUUAUAGUUUUCUACUCAGAAUAUCCUUGUUCUAUUAAUAUGUUUUGUAUAAAACUAAAAAAAAAUAUGUAACAAAAGCAAUAUUUUCUAAUUUGUAUCUUUUGGAUAUAUAUAUAGUGCAAGUCCAAAUGCUGCUUCCCCCCCUGUUUUUGUAAAAGGAUCUGAAUUGACUGAAAGUGUGUGGUUGAUAGAGUGCUUUUUAUAGAAUGGUGUGAGGGAUUGUUUGCAUGAUCAGUAUUUGAAGAAAAAAACUAAAUGUGCACAAUUAUUUUUUUUUUCCUACAGGCAGGUCCUGUGUAUGGGGAAAAAAAUAACAGUAGUGAUAAAUCAUUAAUUCCUGUACACCCAUUGCCAGUGUGUUGGGAAACAACAUUACCAAAUGCUAUGAGUCUGGGUAUGAUUUAACAUUUUCAGAAAUAUCUUUAACCUAAUAAAAAUAAUAAAGUAUUUAGCAUGUUAAGUAGUUUAAUAGUAAUUACGGUUAAGGAGGCCAGUAUUUCUCUUUUCUGUAUACAGCCUUAGAAAGUGUAUCGACCUAAUAGCUUUGAAAAGCAUUCCAGGUGCCUAAUUACUUAAUAUGGAGAUAUUUUAGUUAGUUUUUGGCUUAAAUAUAUAUAACUUAUCAAACAGAAUAGUAACUCUUAUAUAUUUGCACGUGCUAACAAGAGAUAUUGAGAGCUAUUUUUUGCAUUUGUAUGGCGUGCAAGAUACUCUACAGAGUGGCUUUUUAUCAUCAUAGGAAGAACUUUGUUACAAUGUACAGCCUUAUUGAAUUCCAUAAUGUUCAAGGAAUGGAUAAAAGAUUCAGUUAAACAAUUUUCUAUUCUAAUAUUUUAACUAUAUUAUUUGUACAUCAUAACUUGGUGUAAAUUAUUCCCAAUUACUUUGUAUAUGUUGCUAGUCACACUGGCACAGAAAAGUACAGUUUUUCCAAGCGUUGCAAACGUGUUUAUUUGUUUGCUAGUUUCUGGUGCUAGUUAAACCUACCUUGCUCUACCUGUCUUCAUUUUGGUAAAGCAAUAUGAUAUGAAAUUAUCAAGCUCACUUAAUCCAAUUCAGGGUCUGCUGCAUUGCAAAGAAAAGUAAAAACACAAACCCCAAUAAUGAUGUGACAGUUUUUUUUUAUGUAUGUAUACAUCAUUUCACACUUUCACUUGACUUUACAUUGCUUCUCCUGCCAGAUAUAUUAAGGUGUGCUCUGGUUAGAUACUACCACUGUCCAUUUAAAAAAAAGGAAAAAAAAUGCUAUUAAAAAUGUUUUUUUCAGAAUGUUUUUUGAAGCCUUUAAUAUUAAUAUUUAAUAUGGUGUUACGCGUCAGUAGGUAAUGGAGGUCGUGCAGUGUCUCUGCCUUGGUAUUUCAACAUGUCACAUCAUAGAACCAUUGGGGAUCUGCUUAUAUUAAAGCCCAAUGAUAAAAUGGCAUCUCUUCAUUGUUUAUUUGUGUGCACCACAUUUUGGAAUGCUAUUUCUUAAAACCUACUGAUCUGUUCCCACACCUCUGUCAAAUGAAGAGAAAAUGACUCGCCUUGUCUAAAAUGUAUUCAUCAGUACUACUGUAGACAGCUCGAGAUUCAAUGAUAGUGCUUCACAUGUAAAAUUAGGUGUUACUGAUUUGACUUUAGACCUAUUAAGCAAAUGAAAACAGGUCAAAUGUGUAUACAUUGCUAGUCUGCUGCCAUACUGUCAUCUUACAAGCCAGUAGCCUAUUUUUGUGCCUUCCUUUGAAAUGCAGGAAAUGCUGGAUACAAUUUGUAUUGCUAUACCCAUUUUUGUAUUUUUUGUUGUUUAAAGUUAAAAUAGUUUAUCCCAAGCACUGUUGUAUUUUUUUAUAGAUGCUGAACUCUUUUCAGUACCAGAGCAUGUUACAUGUCAAGCUGGCUUUUCCAACACCAGAAGAAUAGUUGCUGUUGUAAGGCUAGAGAUAAUGAUCACAAAGGCAUCCCCCAUCCAUUACAUCAGGCUUAAUGCCAGCAAAUAAGGGACACCCCUGCAAACCACACUAAAUGCAAUGUCGUCAUGAGGAGCAUUUGAAAACAACCACAGUGGUAUCCGCACCAGUAACGUAACGGGAAUAACCUGAAAACUACUGUCAAAAAGGCAACUCCCUAUAAAGGACAUCCUGUGUGCUUACUAUAUUUCUCAGAAAUUGGCCAAUCACCUUCACGCAGUUUAACAUGGACAUAAUGUUUCCUUAGAAGAAAAUGCCUUACUUCUCCAUCAGAAUGGAAAAGUAUGUAAUGUGGCUCCUCGGGUCCAGUUUCCAUAAAUCCACAGUUCAGGUGUGAUGUGUCUUGGUGCUCUCAGUGGCUUGUGGGCUCCAACUCUAAAUAGGUAAUGAAAAGAUGUAUUGAACUGCUUGUAGCUGCUCAAAUUUUCAAACACAUUCUGAAAUGACUAUCAUUUACCUCUGAAACAAUUUAGGUCUUUCUGUAUACUCGUUAUUCAUUGUACAUAUUUAAAAUGAAUUCAGAGUAAACCACUGAUCACUUGUAUGGUGGAAUAUACUUUUAGCAUACUGUAUGCUCACACAUUUCAGGUUAUCCCUUUCUCAUGAAGUCAGUAAGGACAUUCUGUGUUGGUAACACAUUUUAUAUUUUAAAGGAGCUGACUUUUUCAUUUUUUCUUGGGAUUUUUAUUUGAAUUAACUGUUGUGUGUGUACCAUAUUUGCCACAUUUUAGGUCCACCUGUAACAAUGUCAUUGUUUUAUUAUGCUUUAGCAAAGCCAUUUUUCUUAGGAAAAGCCUCCUUUUUCCCAAUAGUUCUUGAGCAGACCGUGUUAUUUUGUCCAAGAGGGUGACUAUGGACCUCGAAGUACAGUACAAUAGAAGUAUUUAAUUUGUAUUGCGUAUCUAUGCUGUUUGCCUUUGUAUUCCAGAAUAGCUGCUGUAUACAUACUACAGCAUAGAGAGCUUUGAGAACAAAAAGGGGAUUUGACAUGUUGUUUCUCCAGUCAGUAACAUCUACACUGUUUAAGAUAAAAAUCACAACGCCACAAGGAAGAAGAUUCUCUACUCUGGUGACGUAGGUCUUUUCGUUUUCCUUUUGUAACAGUAUUCCUUCUCUUCAAUGCUGCCAUCCCACAGACAUUUCUAGCAUGUCCAUUUCACACUGCUUUACAGUUUCUGUCACUGAAACCUGCAGUGAGUAUUUGUGCACCUUUCUUUUACCUGACAUAUUUUGUCUUUUGGGAUUUGCAACAUGUUCCUCCUGCACACCUUUCUCUGAUAGUUUAUGAUCAUACGGGACUCUGCUUUAUUAAUAAUGUUAUUAAACCAAUGAUUUGAUUAUGUCCUGGAGUUCACUCUAGGCAAAUCCAGCUGUGCUUUAGUGUAUUUACGAGUGUAUCUACGAGAUGAUUGUUGUGAGCUGCGAAUGUGCUGAUUGACAAUCUGUGACUAAUAUCAUGAUUUACAUGUUAGCUAUGUGUUAUUGGUAUGUUUCCUCCUUACUGGGGGGGGGGGAGCUUCAGCUUUGUAUUAGCUUUUACCUGCUAUAAAAGCCUAACGACAUAUAAAGAUUAUUUUUUUGCAUAAUCUUUAUUUUUACUUUCAUAUAUUCAAUUUUAGACUCUUGUUAAUAUAUUACCUGUAUCAAUACCAGUAUAAAAUAGAUAUCAGUGCUUCCAGCUACAUGUAUUUACCUGUUUACACCUGUGUUCAUCUGAAUUGUGUAACCGCUUGUCUUUUUUUUGUCAUAAUUUUUCACGUAACUUAUGACCUGUAAGCAUGGUAACCACUUCUCAGGAACUCGAACACAACACUGUUAUUUAUUAAUGUGGUCAUUUUUGCUUUUGAAAGCUUGCUUUUGAAUAGCGCAUAUGUACAAUAAACAUGUUAUAUAAACAGUAAUUGGGACUUGUGUCUCAAUUUUCAUUUUGUGGCUAGAAUUUAUUUAUAUAAAAUUUAUUUACUUUGCAUUUUACUGAACUAAAUGAAAGCCUGUCGUUUUUUCAUGUCUUUGAUAGACUGUGAACUCACAUUUAAUGGGGCAGUUUAAAAGAAAUGAUUUCUCUGGUGACAUCAGAUUACAAGCUUGUACUCUAA